AGACCUUAGAAAAUUAUUCAUUUUGUUGGUAAAAAUCAGGCACAGGCCUAUAUCGUAAACCUUUAUUAUGUCAACAGGUCACUGUUACAAUCAUUUGACUGGAACUAAGUUCGAUAAUUUUGUUUGCAACAGGGUCUACUUUUGAAAACACAUACGGACAUGCGGCUUUCAUCACUUUCUCAUCUAAAAGCCCGCGAUUAGAAACUAUGUUGUUCAUUCAUGAGUCUCCGCAAUAAUCUUUUCCUCUCACUGCCAGCAGGAAUAUAGAUAUGUCAUCGAAGUUUUAUAAAUAGAAGCGUUCCUAAUGAUUGAUUCAACCAAAGAUGGUGUCAUUGAUAAGCAUGACUUAGAAGAUAUUUUCAUCUCUUUGGGAAAAUCGCCAAACGACGAGUACUUAAAUGAUAUGCUUUCACAAGCACCCGGUCAAAUAAAUUUCACAAUGUUUUUAACAUUAUUUGGUGAGAAAAUGAUGGGGUGUGAUCCGGAAGAAACGAUUUUAAAUGCUUUUGCUUGUUUUGAUCCUGAGGGGACAGGUGUAAUAAGUGAGAAACGUUUACGUGAAUUAAUGACUACAAUGGGGGAUAGAUGGUCUAAUGAGAAAGUUGAUGAAUUAUUCCAUGGUGCACCGAUUCAAGAUGGGAAUUUCGAUUAUAAAGAAUUUACACGAAUGAUUAUGCAUGGUCAAGAAGAAGAAGAAGGCCAAACAAACCAAACAUAAUUUUAUUAUCAACUGACAGCAAAUUGAAUUUUAUACUCAUCACACUUUCUAACUUUUCAAAAUAUAUACACACGUAUACAUUCAUUUUUGCUAAUCUGUUGUAUUUCUUUUUUUUACAUUCCAUUUCUACUCUACUCAUUGCUUGCUACUAUUUGUGCCUUAACGCAAAACACCAAGAAAUAUAUCUUUGAAUGCAUAAAAGCUUUUCUUUUAAAUGAAUUACAUAACCUUAAGUUAUUUUACAGAUUACAUUUUAAUGUGAACGCAAGUACUUUUGUCGUCUUCAAUAAGUCAAAGUUUUUAUGUUAUCCUUCAAUUUCGAAAUUUAGUUUUCGUGUCAUAUUUCAGGAUAGAUACGAAAAGCAUUGAUAGUCAAUAAAUUCCUCAUUCAUCAA